ACGGAGUCCGUAAAAGCCGCUCGCGCCACCGCUCCGCACCACAGCGGUGACCAUGGCGCGUCCUCUCCUCUUGCUGGCGAUAGGCCUGGCCCCGUUCGCGAUCUGUCUCCUGGCACAGGUCUCCAACGGCCGCGCUGAGCCGCUGGACCGCAGGACCGGAGAACGCAAGAACCUGGCCACCAACGACCCGCAGGUGCAGAGGAUGGCGCAGACGGCUGUAACCACCUUCAACCAGGGCAGCAACAGCGUCUACUACUUCCGUGACACCAACAUCAUCAAGGCGGAGAGACAGCUGGUGGCUGGUGUCAAGUACUACCUGACCAUAGACUUGGAGAGCACAGCAUGCAGAAAGACCAGGGUCUCUGGAGACCAUGUGGACCUCACCACCUGCCCCCUGGCCACAGGGGUGGAGCAGGAGAGGCUGCGCUGUGACUUUGAGGUCCUUGAAGUGCCCUGGAAGAAUUCCACCGAGCUUCUCAAGCACAAUUGCAUGCAGCAGUAGCUGAUCAUGGGGCCAGCACCAUGGGAGUAGUCACAGGGUGGGGGGCACUGCUGGGUUCCAGGCCACAUGUGCUGCAAUAAAUGACCAGUGCUGCUUCUUGCA